CAGGCUAGAGUGUGAGGCUUUGUGGCUAAUGCUCCUAUGUGUGUUGGAGUCCAUGGUCUUUCGCUGCUUAUCUCAUGCCUUUUCUUUAUGAUGUUUCAGCUCAUCCACCAUACACCAUGUGCUUUAGAGUGAAAUUCUACCCACACGAACCCUUGAAGAUUAAAGAAGAGCUCACAAGGUACCUUUUGUAUUUACAGAUCAAACGUGAUAUUUUCCAUGGCCGACUGCUGUGCUCCUUUUCCGACGCUGCCUACCUGGGUGCCUGUAUCAUUCAAGCUGAGCUUGGCGAUUAUGAUCCUGAUGAGCAUCCUGAGAAUUACAUCAGUGAGUUUGAGAUUUUCCCCAAGCAGUCACAGAAGCUGGAAAGAAAAAUCAUGGAAAUUCAUAAAAAUGAACUCAGAGGCCAGAGCCCACCAGUUGCUGAGUUUAACUUACUCCUGAAAGCUCACACUUUGGAAACCUACGGGGUAGAUCCUCACCCAUGCAAGGAUUCAACAGGAACAACAACAUUUUUAGGAUUCACUGCUGCAGGCUUUGUGGUAUUCCAGGGAAAUAAGAGGAUCCACUUGAUAAAAUGGCCAGAUGUCUGCAAAUUGAAGUUUGAAGGGAAGACAUUUUAUGUGAUUGGCACACAGAAGGAGAAAAAAGCCAUAUUGGCAUUCCACACCUCAACACCAGCUGCCUGCAAGCAUCUCUGGAAGUGCGGGGUGGAGAACCAGGCCUUUUAUAAGUAUGCAAAGUCCAGUCAGAUCAAGACUGUGUCAAGCAGCAAGAUAUUUUUUAAAGGAAGUAGAUUUCGAUAUAGUGGCAAAGUUGCUAAAGAGGUGGUGGAGGCAAGCUCCAAAAUCCAGAGGGAGCCUCCUGAGGUGCACAGGGUCAGCAUCACUCAGAGCCGCAGUUCCCACUCCUUGAACAAGCAGCUCAUCAUCAACAUGGAGCCCCUGCAGCCCCUGCUUCCCUCCCCCAUGGAGCAGGACGAGGAGCUUCCCCUGGGUGAGGGUUCCCCAUUGCGUAAAGAGGACAGUUCUGCUCCCUUGAUCUCCAGCUCCCCAGUGAAGGAAGCCCGGGGGUAUGAAGAUCCCCCAAGUGAAGAAGAAGAUAAAAUCAAAGAAGAGCCCUUAACCAUCUCCGAACUAGCGUACAGCCCAAGUGCCAGCCUGCUGCCCACCCCCGUUGAUGAGGAUGAGAUUGACAUGCUGUUUGACUGUUCGUCUAGGCUCGAGUUGGAAAGAGAAGACACAGAUUCAUUUGAGGAACUGGACGCAGAUGAAAAUGCCUUUUUGAUUGCUGAAGAAGAGGAGCUGAAGGAGGCUCACCGAGCUUUGUCCUGGAGCUAUGACAUUCUGACCGGCCACUUUCGGGUGAAUCCACUGGUCAAGAGUUUUUCCAGGCUUCUUGUGGUGGGCCUGGGACUGCUCCUCUUUGUAUUUCCCCUGCUCCUCCUCCUUUUGGAGUCAGGUGAUAAUGAUGCAAGGCGUGCAGCGAUGGAAAGAGCAGUGCCCUUGCUGUCUGAGGUGAUGAGAAUGUGUUGAAGUGGAUAUAAAUAAAGGUGGAGAAGCUUUUAAGGUAAAUUUUUCAUCCCUCAUGCCAUUCCUUAUGAUUCUAUGGAAAAAGCUUCAAAAAGUGUGUUACGUGUGUGAGUGUAUGUGUGUCUGUGUGUGUGUGCGUGUGUGUGUGUAACACAGAGAGAGACAGAGAGAGAGAGAAAGGAACAGAGAGAAUGAAUAUCCUCUGAUGCUAGCGAUUGUCCUUUGCAGUAUACCCUUACCCUUGCCUGGUUUCCUUAAGAGCAUAGCUCAUAUCAGACCUUCCAUGGAGAAAGGGAGAGAGCUCAUCGGAUGACAAACCAAUUCAGCUUUGGUGAAGUAGACAACAGAAGGGACAAAUAAGCAAAAAACACAGGAGCCAAAUCCUCUAGUAUGUUACUUCCUCCCAUCAAAUCCAUGAAAAGAGAGAGGAUCUGGUGCUUCCCUGUGCACAGUGGGGACCAGUGCUGUGGGAUGAGUGGGAAGAGGAGCCUGGGGCUCACAGCUCGGAGCACACGGCUGCUCCAUGGGUUGAGAACUCGCCAUUGCUUUCGUUUACAAAGAGAUUUGGCCCACCUGUGAUCUCUCCCCAACUCUGAUGACACUUCAGUUCUGUCUGUUAGUGUAAUUUCCAAGUUAGGCAUUCCAGCCUUGCUCAUUUAAUGGAGCUCUGCGUGAUUCAUUAGGCAUUUAAUUUUGCAGGAGAGUUUUGCAAAGCAGUUCAUGAGGCCUUCUGCGGAACACAUUAAUAUAUAUACUUGCUAUUGAGUUUGCAUGGUUUUCUUCUGAUGGAUUUAUCCUGAUAAAGAAAUAUAUUUUCUUUGGUUGUAACCUGCAACAGUAAGUUAAUUUUUUCCCUUUUCCCAUAUGAUAUGACUUCUAAUUCAUCAAAUCAUCCUCUGUGAUGAAAGGGUGAUCCAAUAUAGUCUGCAUAAAUUAGUCCUCCUUGAAAUUAUACUUCAUAUUAUGCUAACCAAGACAAACCAUCAAGCCUUCACUUGUUAAAACAAUAUUAAAUAAUUUUUAACAUUAUGGAAGUAAUAUAUUUUCCAUUAUAAAGUAUUUGAACAAGACAAAUGUCACAUACAGUCUAACUAUACAGAUUCAUAUUAAGAUACAUAUCCAGCUAGCAUCUCUCUUCUCUUAGGCACAGACUUUAUUGUGGAAUAGAAAUGUUUUCAGGUAAAGGAGUUGACAGGAUAAGGUCUGCUGAGUUUCAACAGUAGCCAUCAAAAGUAAAACUGGGAUUGUGGAAAGCCAUGUAGUUGGCAUAGAAUCAGAGCCUUUUAGAAAUAUCCAUUUAAGUUUUAUUAGCAGGCUGUCACUAGUUGCCUGAAUCAGAUGAGAGCAUUGCUUCUAAGGAUGGACAGUAUACAAUCUGGUGAGAUACAGAGUUCAAAGCAAGUGUGUGAGUAUAUGUAUAUUCCAUGUUACUGGGGUGUGUGUUUAUAUAUAAACCUGUACAUAUGUGUGUAUUUGUAUAGACACAACCAAUAUGCCUUUCAUAUGUAGUUGUGCUUAUUUUGUCCUGGUUGAGGAAAUUGUUCCUUUUCCUCUCAGAUGUCAUGGUGGGUAAUACCACAGCCUCAAAGAUUUAAAAUUUCCAUGAAAAUUACUGUGUGUACAUUUGUGAUCUGUACACACACAUAUGGCAAAUACAUAUACACACACAGUCUUGUCUUUAAUGGUAAUGCAAGUUGGAUUAUGAAAAAAAUGUAGGUAAAGUAUCAUGUAUUUCUAUUUGUGCUUGGAGCAUAUUAUAAAAUGCCAUGUAUUUGGAGUAUAUUUUGUGGUUUGUCUAAUAUUUAUAAACAUAACUGUGGGGAGAAUUUACAAUGAAUUGAUUAGACUGAAAUUCAGAGAUAUGGGGCCAUGUUACUGUGAUUGGAGCCUUAUCUUUGUAUAGUGAAGUAUGCAUUUCUAUGUCAACAUCCAAAUUGUUUUAUAUGUUAAUAUGGUAGCGGGAAUCCCUAAUAAAAGUGCUCUGGGGUAAAAUA